AUGGCUCUUGUCUCGCCCAAGAAUAAAUUUUUGAUUUGGGGUGGAAAUGGAUGGGUUGCUGGUCACCUCAAAAUGAUUCUCGAGAAACAAGGUAAAGAUGUUGUUACCACCACAGUCCGUAUGGAAGAUCGUGAAGCUGUCUUAAAAACUCUUGAUGAGCUGAAGCCGACCCAUGUGCUCAAUGCUGCUGGCUGCACCGGAAGACCUAAUGUCGACUGGUGUGAAGAUAACAAAGAAGCCACCAUUCGAUCCAAUGUUAUAGGCUCAUUGAAUCUUACAGACUGUUGUUACUUAAAGGGAAUACAUUGCACUGUUUUCGCCACGGGCUGUAUAUAUGAAUACGACGAAAAACACGAAAUCGGAGGAGAAGGUUUCAGGGAGGAGGAGGAAGCAAAUUUUGCCGGAUCUUUUUAUUCAGCGACUAAGUCCAAAGUUGAGGAGAUAAUGAAGACAUAUCCAAAUGUUCUGAUUCUGAGGCUCCGCAUGCCAGUAUCGGAUGAUUUACACGCCCGAAAUUUUGUCACAAAGAUCUCUCAGUAUGACAGGGUUGUGGAUAUUCCGAACUCAAAUACAAUCCUUACCGACCUUCUCCCAGCAUCGAUCAUUCUAGCAGAGAAUUCAGAGUUGGGAGUAUAUAACUUUACCAAUCCUGGUGCUAUUUCACACAAUGAAGUCCUAAGCCUUUUCAAGAAAUACGUCCGCCCAGACUUUGAAUGGAAGAACUUUACGAUUGAGGAGCAAAGCAAAGUAAUCAAAGCAGGUCGAUCCAAUUGUAUGCUUGAUACUUCAAAACUAGUGAACAAACUCAAGGAGUAUGGUUAUACUAUUCCCGAAAUCCAUGACGCGUAUGAACAGUGUUUCAUUCGUAUGGCGCAGGGCAGGGCUACCUGA